AUGGUGGCCACAAUGGCCGGAGGCGCAGCAGACUGUCAGUUUUGGACACGAAUUGUUGCCAAAUAUUGCGCAUUGUACGAACUGCGUGAGAAAUCUGAAAUCACCGUCGCAGCAGCAAGUAAAUAUUUUUCGAACGUCCUCUACAACUAUCGCAAUUAUGGUCUAUCAGUGGGAUCAAUGAUUGCUGGUUACGAUAAGCGAGGCCCGGCCAUAUUCAAGGUGGACAGUGAAGGUCAACGGGUACAGCUGCGAUUGUGUAGUAUUGGUUCGGGCUCAUUAAGUGCUUACGGCGUUUUGGACUCAUUCUAUCAACCGAAGAUGCGCGAUGAAGAAGCUCGAGCGUUGGCUCGUCGCGCCAUCGUGCAAGCCACCUUCCGUGAUUCUGGUUCAGGAGGAGUUGUGAACAUGGUUCAUAUUACUCCCAAAGAAAAGAUUCGCAUAUCGAAAGUGGACGUAUCUGAAACAUUCUGGAAGUAUGCUGAAGAAAGCGGUCGUGAUUAUGUGUACGAGCCGGCGGACGAUAAUUAA